CACAUGACCAAACAAAUGGCAGCCUCCACGAUUGCAAACUUUGGAGAAAGUGUUAUGGCAAAUUUUACAACAAUGAUUUCGUUUUAAAACUUUCAAAUUGAUUAUGACGGCUAUAGAUGGUUUAUUUAACAGUUUUCUCAACUUUGACAGGGUUGUCGAGUUUCCUCAACUGAAAGAUUCUGUGUACGUUGACCAUGCCGGUACAACAUUGUACAGUAAAACUCAGAUUGAGGCUCAUCAUAAAGAAUUGCUAAGUAACCUGUAUGGGAAUCCACACAGUCGUAGCCAAAGUAGUCGGUUAACAACUGAUGCCAUUGAUCAAAUUAGAUACAGCGUUUUGCAGCUGUUUAAUACAACAAGUGAGGAUUAUACAGUGAUAUUUACAUCUGGGUGCACUGGUGCACUCAAGCUUGUAGCAGAGUCCUUUGACUUUUACACAGAAAACAGUUACCAUAGCACAAAAGAAAGAAGUGGAAUAGAAAAAUGUGACAAAGAGAAAGUUGAUGUAGUAGUCGAUGAUGACCCAGGAAAUCAUGAGUUCAAGGUCAAAUCAGGAUGUUUUGCCUAUUUAUUAGAUAACCACACUUCUGUACAGGGGAUGAGAGAAAUCGUAAAUGCAGAGGACAAUUUAUGUGUUGAAGAAACUACAGAUGAAAAUUUCAAGAUACAUCAAGUUAAAAAAGGGAAAAGUAAAGAAGGAAACUCAUUGUUUGUGUAUCCAGCCCAGUCUAAUUAUUGUGGACGUAAAUAUCCAAUGAAAUGGAUCGACAAAAUACAUCAAGGUCAAAUGCCAUUUCAGAGGUUGUUUCCAUGGAAAUGGUUUGUUGUACUGGAUGCAGCUUCUUAUGUCAGUACAAGUCACCUUGAUCUAAGCCUAAACAAACCUGAUUUUGUCACACUUUCAUUCUACAAAAUGUUUGGAUUUCCAACAGGAAUAGGAGCUUUACUUGUGAAAAAUGAGUCUGCAGAAGUUCUCAAGAAAGCAUACUUUGGUGGUGGUACGGUUGGAGUUAGCUCCCCUACUGAAUGUACCCAUAUCAAUUGUUCCAGUUUAUCUGAAAGGUUUGAAGAUGGCACUGUUCCAUUUUUGGAUAUAAUAGCAUUGAGACAUGGUUUGGAUUCUCUCAAGAACCUUGGAGGUGGAAUGAAGUCCAUAUCUAGACACACAUUUAUUGUGGCUCAGUACUUCCAUCAUUAUCUUCAAGGUCUUCACCAUGGUAACGGCCAACAAGUAGCAGACAUUUAUUGUCAUGGAGAUUUUUCUGAUCCAUCAACACAAGGACCAAUUAUGAACUUUAAUCUUAAAAGAUCAGAUGGUAGUUAUAUUGGAUUUGCUGAGGUAGAUAAAAUGGCACAGUUAUUUAAUAUACAUUUGAGGACUGGUUGCUUCUGUAACAUAGGAGCCUGUCAGAAAUACUUAAGACUAACAUCAGAACAAAUUAAAGAUAACUUUGAGGCAGGUCAUGUGUGUGGUGAUGACAAAGAUCUUAUAAAUGGUAAACCAACAGGAUCAGUUCGCAUAUCAUUUGGUUACAUGUCCACCAUUGAAGACGCUCAGCAUUGUUUAAAGUUUAUAUGUGACUGUUUUAUGGAAAAUAAAAACAAAACAACUUUUGCUCAAGAUGUACAUUCCAAACAAUUUAAAUCUGCUGUGGAUUUAACAUUAGAUUCUGUGAUAACUGAGGAACAGCCAGAUGUGUCUAUGGACAGCAAAUGUUCUGAUUGGUUGUCCUCUGGUAUGAAAUCUGUGAUAUCCAAUGAAAAACAAGAUAUUGAACAAUGUGAUCAAACCUUCUGCUCAAACAAAGCUUCUGAUCAAAAGACAGAAUGUCAUUGGACAAAAGACUUGCAGUUAGUUCUGCAGGCAUGUUCACCAGCCAAUCAUAUUGUAACAAAUAUUUGCCUCUAUCCUGUUAAAUCAUGUGGUUCUUUUGAGGUAAGAGAUUGGGAGAUUUGUGAAACAGGACUGAAGUUUGACAGAGAAUGGAUGAUUGUUUCAGAGAGUGGUGUUACCAUUAGUCAGAAGAGGGAACCCAAACUUUGCCUCAUCAAACCUCAAAUUGAUCUAGUCAGAAAAUGUUUAGUUCUUAGGUAUCCAGAUAUGUGUUCAGUAACAGUUCCUUUAGACAGUAGUGACCAAGGUCAAGGUCUGCAAUCAAUCUUACCAUGUGUUGGGAAAGUGUGUGGAGACAGAGUUACUGGUGUAGAUUGUGGAGAUACAGUGGGACAGUGGAUCAGUGACGUUUUAGAUAAACCAAGAUGUAGACUUAUCCAGCAAGAUAAAACAAGGUCAAGAAAGUGUAAACUGGAUAAAACAUCUAAUGAUACAGAAAAUGUUUCCAAACUUUCCUUAGCCAAUGAGUCCCAAUAUCUACUGAUAUGUAGACAGAGUGUUGAAGAUUUACAACAGAGAAUUCAACAGAAAGGGGAAUAUCCUCAUUUUGAACUGGAGAACCUGUUAAACAGAUUCCGUGGUAAUAUUAUUAUUGGUGGUGGCUUGUCUUUUGAAGAAGACAGUUGGGCAACAGUUUAUAUUGGAAAUAGCAAAUUCUUGAGUCAGGGUGGUUGUAGCAGAUGUCAGAUGGUCUGUCUAGAUCAGGACACAACUGAAAGAAGUAAGGAACCACUAAAAACAUUAGCAGCGUGGAGGGGCAAAAAGAUUCCUUUCGGAAUACAUCUAAAACAUGAUGAUUCUGCUGUUGGGAAGAGGAUUCAUGUUGGAGAUACCCUGUCUUUUAAAUGAUACACAAAUUAAACUGAAAUUGAGAUUUGAGUGACAAUUUGAUUCUAUAUUUUAAUCAUGUAAUAACUAGAAUUGUUUGUUAUCUUUACUAUAAAACUGUGCCAAAAUUGUUAAUGAUAUAUUUACAUUGUUACUUUUUUAAAUAAGCAUGUUUAAUUAUUUCAGAGAACUUUAUAAAUUAUAGUCAGAUUUGUGAUGUUAUAUGGUCUUGCCUGCAAUAAAAAAUUAUGGUACUGCCUGGUAUUAAUUAUACAAUCACAAUGUUUUGUUAUAUGGUACUUUUGUUUUACCUGCAAUAAAAAUCUACGGUACUGGUA